CGGGUGGGCAUGGGGGGAGUGAGAGGCAGGGGUCUUGGAGUUAGCGGUAGGGCUAGCUUGGAGAUUUAGACCUGGAAGUGCAAAGGGGGAGGAAUUGGGAAACAGGAGGCUGUGGGUGUGUUUGGUAUGGGAUGCCAUGGAAAGGAGGGGGCCCUACCACAGAUCUUGAGUAGAUUUGUGGAUAGUUUCUUGGAGGUAUCCUCUACCUCCCGUUUGCCCUUUUAUUUGCCAACAAGCAGUUCUCCAUGGUCUCUGUUCAAGUUCUGGAAACUUUCUCUCUGGGUGGGUUUAAUCAGCUGCACCAUUAUAGAACUGCCCAGGGUCUUUUCUGAUACUGGGCACAAACCUUGGGAAUAUGUCAGAAAACAAGAAGCCACUUUUGGGCUUUGUGCACAAACUCCCCAGUGGGACUGCACCUGCGAACUCAGGCAAGACUCGCUGCCCUUUGUGCAUGGGGCUUUUCAAAGCCCCCAGGCUCUUGCCUUGUUUGCACACGGUUUGCACCACAUGUCUGGAGCAGCUGGAACCCUUCUCAGUAGUGGACAUGCGAGGGGGAGACUCUGACACAAGCUCUGAGGGGUCCAUAUUCCAGGAACUCAAGCCACGAAAUCAGCAGUCGCAGAUUGGCAUCCUCUGUCCUGUAUGUGAUGCCCAGGUGGACUUACCCAUAGGUGGAGUGAAGGCUUUAACCUUAGACCACCUGGCCAUGAAUGAUGUCAUGCUGGAGAAUCUGCAUGGGGAAGGCCAGGGCCUGGUGUGUGACCUGUGCAAUGACAGGGAAGUGGAGAAGAGGUGUCAGACCUGCAAAUCCAAUCUCUGCCAAUUCUGCUGCCAAGCUCAUAGGCGACAGAAGAAAACCAGUUAUCACACCAUGGUGGACCUCAAAGAUCUGAAAGGCUACAGUCGGGUUGGGAAGCCUAUCCUGUGUCCUAUUCACCCUUCAGAGGAGCUGAGACUGUUCUGUGAAUUCUGUGACCGGCCCGUGUGCCGUGAUUGUGUGGUGGGGGAGCACCGGGAGCACCCCUACGACUUCACCAGCAACGUCAUCCACAAGCAUGGGGACUCGGUGCGGGAGCUCCUCAGGGGCACCCAGCCCCGUGUGGAGGCCCUGGAGGAAGCCCUGGCUCAGAUCAAAAGGGUGAACAGUGCUCUCCAGAAGCGAGUGGAGGCGGUGGCUGCCGAUGUUCGAAAGUUCUCCGAGGGCUACAUCAAGGCCAUCGAGGAGCACCGGAACAAGAUGCUGAAGCAACUGGAAGACAUACGGGUCCAGAAGGAAAACUCCCUGCAGCUGCAGAAAGCACAGCUGGAACAGCUGCUGGCCGACAUGCGGACGGGAGUGGAGUUCACGGAGCACUUGCUGACCAGCGGCUCGGAUUUGGAGAUCCUCAUCACUAAGGGGGUGGUGGUGGAACGGCUCAGGAAGCUGAACAAGGUGGAAUAUAACACCCACCCUGGGGUAAACGAUCACAUAAGCUUCUCUCCUCAGGAGAAGGCGGGCCAGUGCCAUGGCUAUGAAGUGUAUGGGGCCAUUAACACCAAAGAGGUGGAUCCAGCCAAAUGUGUCCUUCAAGGAGAAGAUCUCCACAGAGCUCGGGAGAAACAAACAGCCUCUUUCACCGUGCUUUGUAAAGAUGCAACAGGAGAGAGCAUGGGCAGGGGAGGAGACAAUGUCCACGUUGCAGUUCUCCCUAAAGAUAAGAAAGACAGUCCAGUCAGGACAAUGGUCCAAGAUAACAAGGAUGGAACGUACUGCGUUUCCUACACCCCCAAGGAACCUGGUCUCUACACCGUGUGGGUCUGCAUCAAAAAGCAGCAUGUGCAGGGCUCACCAUUCACUGUGACUGUGAGAAGAAAGCGGCGCCCGCACCUGGGUGUGUUUCACUGCUGCACCUUCUGCUCUAGUGGAGGCCAGAAGAACGUGCGCUGUGCCUGUGGAGGCACCAUGCCUGGUGGGUACCUAGGCUGUGGCCAUGGGCACAAAGGCCAUCCUGGUCGUCCUCACUGGUCUUGCUGUGGGAAGUUGACUGAGAAGUCUGAGUGCACAUACAUAGGUGGGCCGAGCACCUCAACGAGUCUACUCAGGACUGUGGCACUCUGAUGCUUCCUGGUGAAACCCCAGACAGCUGGAUUUCAGACUUCCAGAGGAUUCCAAAGCUCAAUUAAUUCUGAAGAGACUGAUAAAAUUAAAAACAAAGUGCCUUAUCUUAUUUUAUAGUUCAAGUGCUUAUUUGUGAGUUACUCACCGAUUGUACUUGUAGACGGUUGACUGUGUUUCUCUUUAAGGUAGGUUGGUGUGUGCUCUUUCUCUUUUGUACAGGUGUGGAAGAAUCGAUGCCCUUGGAACUUAGUCAUGGGGUGGGGGAUAAUUUAGCUCCUUACUUUCUGAUAUAUUAUAACCUUUUUAAUUUUUCCCUGAGCUAUGUUAUUUAGAUAUUUCCCUUGGAAUAUAACUGCCCCCUCCCCUAUCUUAUCCACUGGUUCUUUAGCACACUUUCACUGGAUUUACUGGUCCAUAUUUUGUAACCAUUAUAAUGUGACCUUGCUAUUUGGGCAGGUGUCUCCCUCCUCCCUCUCUGGACCAUGUCUCCUCCUGCCUCCCAAAUCCUGAAGGAUAGCUCUUGGUGUAGGGUGUACAAGUAGAACAUUAAUAAGAGGGGGUUGAAAUACAUCUCGCAUGUCUAUUGCAGUUCUGUUGAUGCCAGGUGACCUGGACACCGUCACCCCCCCCACCCCGCUUCAAAUCAUUUUGAUUUUUAGAGAAUCAUCUUUGCUUGUGUGUAUAUGCCUGGAAACUUAACUGAAAGCUUUGAUUCUUAUAAGGUGCCUUAUUAGCUGCUAGAGAAUUCUGGGGAGAGGAAAUAGCACUGGUGCCUCAGCCCUGCCAAGGACUUUUCUGUAUAUGUUUUGUGUGUUCUGCGGGGACUCUCGAUUUCUUCUAUAGCAAUAAACUCAGCGUAUAUUAAAUAAAAUUAUUGAAAUCUGCA